AUGGCAGACGAUCGAAAAGCAGGGCCUUUGCCGGGCUGGCGAAUCUCCAAAGCAUGCCAGGAGUGUCGCAAGCGAAAGAUAAAAUGCGAUGGGGGGAAUCCUUGCAAAACGUGCCGUGAGCGCAGCACUUCCUGUGUCUAUCGUGAUGUGAUCCGGCAACGUCGGAAGAAACAGCAGCAGCAGCAGCAGCAGGAAAAUCGCGAUUCCAAUCCUCACUGGGGCUCCGCAGAAGAGAGCGAUAUAGGUCGACCUCUAUCUCCGGGGUCAUCCCAGGGCGCAGGCUCUGCUGGCCGACGCAACGAACCAGUCAUGUAUACCUUCCAUAACAGCGUCUCAGCAACACAUAUGGCGUCUCCGUCAUGCAAGGUACAGCUGUACUAUGGCCCAACAUCUCAUUUUUCGCUGUUACAGCACAUCUAUCGAGAUUUGGUUUCUGUCCCCAACCUGCCGCCAACAGAACCACAAGGCGAGGUCGAGCAUGCAGAUGCCGGGCUCGAUCUGUUCAAUUUCCGUCGAAUCUUCUUUGGAAGCCUGGCAGAGACGCAUGAUGUUAGCAAGGACGCUUCCAUGGGGAAUACGCCGCUAAUGUUCUUGCCGCGGGAGGUAGCGAUGUUUUUUCUGGAGCGGUAUUUGGCGACGUUCUAUUAUUUGACCCCGUUUUGGCCAAAAGAAACUAUACGGAGAGACGCAGAGAGACUAUACGACCCUGACAUUGGCUUGCAAAUGGACCCUUCCGUUAAGUCAGUGAUCCUGAUGGCGAUGGCAUGUGGUGCCUUGGGAACUGAACACUAUGCCUGGGGCGAGGUUCUUUAUGAACGUGUCAAGGCAUCUUCUAAUUCUCUAGAUGAUGUUGUCAACCUCCAGACAGUGCAGACUGAACACGCCCAUUAUCAAGCCGACCAAGGUCGACCGAACUCAUCGUUUUUGCACCUAGGUGUUGCAACCCGAAAAGCAUUCGCAGCUGGUCUGCAUAAGGAUGCGCCCGACAACGAAAGGGAUGCUGACAGGGAAACGGUCGAAAGACGGCGGACAACCUUUUGGUCUCUAUACUUCUAUGAAAAUCUCCUGUGUUUUCACAUGGGAAGACCAAGUUCUCUUACCGCGGAUGAUAUCGGCACGGUCUACCCGGAGGACCCUUUCUUGUUGGCGCUAAUUCAUCUUUCGAAAGCCAUCUCGCGCUCUGCCAAAGAGAUAUAUGGCAAAAGACACCAGUCCUUGCUGCAAAUGUGGAAAGUCGCAUUGUCGAUAUCGGACGGAUUGAGCGGUUACGAGUGUCGGAUGCGAAAGGCAGUCGGCUUUGGACUGGAGAAAACUCCGCAGCCAGGGCAUAUCGGUGUUCAACAGACUGUUCUCGCUUUAUGCUAUUACUAUACCCUUCUUCUCACGUUCCGGCCGUUCUUGAUCUUUCGAGGUCGAUGGCGACAGAGCAUGAAAACGUCUGCUCAAGCCCCUGCUGGAAAUGACAAUCGGCCACAUGAGAUCCCUUCUUGGCUGAAUGAGGCUUGCGACUAUGUCUUGUAUACAGCGCGCAAGACAAUCCACUAUCUUUGCAAAGCUUCCUUAGUAAAUGAACUUGUGAGAGAGCUCCGUUAUCACACAUUCUUUUUAAGCAGCGCUACGUUCACCAUCAUUUAUGAUGCGCUGCAUGAUGAGAAGGCAGCUACCACUCAUCUCCCAUGGGCACACGCGGCUUUACAAUGUCUCUCGACCAUGCGCCCCGGUGACUCAGUGUCAACGUCUAUUUCAGGCUUACAGUCCGUUUUGCAGCAAAUGAAUUUCCCGCUUGAUUUGACAGCCGAACAGCAAGUUGACGGUGAUUCUGGGAACCGUUGGCACUAUGCCUCCCAGGGUACGCGUGGAUGUGACCAGACGGGAAAUAGCAUGAUACCUAUCAUCCCAGAAGCCAGUUCUGAUACUGUCGGACUCACACCGCGGAAUCUCCCCGUCGGCGAUAACAUUACGGUGAACGGCUUUAACAAAAGCAUGGAUAACAAUGGAACCGCAGAGGAUCUUCUAGAUCUCACGGAGGCCGAUAUGGGGUGGGGCUUUGAUUUCUCGACAAUGGACCUAGAGGGGUUCUUUUCCAUAUAUCCGACAGUAGAUACGACUGUUCCCAGCUUCUAG